CAGGUGAUUGCCCAGUAAUCAAAGUGGGUUUGGAGCGUUAACGUGUUUUCCGCAAAGUGAAAAAGUGUGCUAACCACCUUCGAUAAGAUUCGAAGUGCGUCAAAUUAAAUAAAUGCGAAUAAAAUGAUCACGGCAUACUUUCCAAUAUGUUGAGAUUCGUGUACCCUCUUUGUGUUUUGCUCUUCGUUAUCCGGAAUCUGGAGGCGAAAACCGUGCAUGUCAAGGAACUAACUAAAUGGACAUUGACAAAUGAGAACUCCUCCCUACAAAUAAAUGUUUCCCGUUUCCCAACGGGAGUUUAUUCGGCUCUGAAGGAUACCUAUGGUGAUUUGUUGUUUGGUGAAAACGAUGUAAACCUUCGAUGGAUAGCCAAUGAAUCCUGGAUUUUUACAACAACUUUUGAUGGUACGGAAUUAGGUCCCGACCAGGUGAACUUGACCUUAAAUGGAAUCGACACAGUUUCAAAGGUUCGUCUCAAUGGAGAGCUCCUCGGCGAAACGGACAAUAUGUUUGUCCGAUACUCCUUUUCCAUCGGCCACCUUAUGUUGCAGCAAGCUCGCAACACCCUGGAGAUCGAGAUCCUUUCGCCCAUCAAAGAAGCUGCAAGAAGAGCCCAGGAGCGAGAUGAGAAGGGCAUUAUUACAGGUCCUCGCAGUUGCCCAAGGGCUCCAGGCGAUGUGGAGUGUAACAGGAAUCAUCUACGAAAAAUGCAAAUGAGUUUUGGAGGAGUGUGGAAUCCAGCAGCACUUUCUCUGGGUAUUUGGAAACCUGUUUCGAUUGAAUACUAUGGGUUGGCUAUUUUACGAGACGUUGAUGUGGCCCUGAAGCGCAAUGACACCCAUUGGACAAUGGAUUGCCGUGCUUUCCUGAGCACACCUGCCCAAGAGAAUUUUAUCGGUGAUAUUGUGGUGUUCAGUAGUGAACUUUUCGAUGAUCCAUUCGUUUUGGAACAGCAAGAGGUCGCCUUUGAUGCACCCAUUUUAGAAUUUCAAAUACACAUACCACAAGAACGCGUUGCUUUGUGGUGGCCUAAUGGUUAUGGCCAGCAAAAGCUUUACCCUGUAAUGUUUUCCAUUAAAUGCUAUACCGGAAAUAGUUCCCAUCUUGGUUCCCGAAUGAAGUCCCAAAAGGUUUUAAAAAUAGGUUUUCGCACAAUUGAAUUAGUGGAGGAUAAAGAUGACAUUGGCAGAAGCUUCUAUUUUUGCGUUAAUGGACAUCCAAUAUUCAUGAAAGGAGCCAAUUAUAUACCAGCUUCCACAUUACCAGAAUUGUCGGCAGAAUCGGACACUGUGGAGUAUUUAAUAAAAUCUGCCAGGGAGGCAAACAUGAACAUGAUUCGAGUUUGGGGUGGAGGUCUCUACGAGUCGGAUACUUUUUAUAACCUGGCUGAUUUCUAUGGCAUUCUGGUUUGGCAGGACUUGACCUUCUCCCAGGCUGCCUAUCCCCUGGCAGAUGACUUUGUGGCCUCUGUCCGGUUGGAGGCUGUACAGAAUGCUCAGCGUAUUGCCUACCAUCCCUGCUUGGCCCUGAUUGUAACCAACAAUGAGAUAGAGUUGUUUUUGAUACAGAACAAAACCGAACUUGGUGACAAUUAUGAUAGUUUGGUGGAAGAUUAUAAGACUCUGUUUGUGAAUACGCUAAAGGAGGACUUGAAAAUAAUAUCAAGAUAUGAUUUUAGUCCUCGUCCAGGACCUAUGAUCUCUACUCCUUCAUUGGGAAUUGCUGAGUCCAGCGGGGAUUUACCUUCCGACCCACAAAGCCCCAACUUUGGAGAUGUUCACUUUUGGGAGGAUCAAAAGGAUGGCUCUGAGCCCUCCACCUAUCCUCAAGCUCGUUUUGUUUCCGAGUUUGGCUAUGGAAGUCUGCCCAUGAUGUCCUCCUGGCAACGCGAACUGGACAAUGGAGAAAAUGCCACUCAAGAGGAAAUUGCCACACACAUCCGCAACCGACAGAGGGAUCCAAGGGGAUUCAUACCACUAAUCCAGCAAAUUGUCAACCAACUGCCGUUCACUCCCCACAACUGGGACGAGAGCAUUGAAAAGUUUAUCUACUUCAGCCAGGUGACCCAGGCCAUGACCAGCAAAAUUGCCGUAGAUGUAUUCCGGAGUCAUCGAACCGAGAAAAGGACAAUGGGAGCUCUUAUUUGGCAGCUAAACGACGUUUGGGUGGCGCCAACCUGGUCGUGCAUCGAUUUCUACGGAAACUACAAACUGGUUCAGUACUGGGCCAAGAAUUUUAUGGCCCCGACGACCGUAAUAGCUUUAUACGAUAAAAAAUCAGACAGCCUCAAUGUCACCCUCACCCGGGAGGAUUAUUCGGAGCACUCGGACACGCAGUUGUAUUCCGUGCAAAUAAACACAUACUUGUGGUCGGAUUUUGUCGCCAAGAAGAAAAUUGCCCGUGAUUUUGGCCUGGGCUCUAACGAGUUGGAACUACGCCAAAUACCUCUUAGCUAUCUACUGCUUGAUGGCCACUCCAAGUCUGAAAUAUUCUUUGAAAUUGUAUUGGAGAACAAGAACCGCGAAACUUUGGCCAGAAACUUCUUUUAUCCAGUGGCCAUCAAAAAUAUUACGGGCAUUAAAAAUCCAGAUGUGAAAAUUCAGGUCUCUGGUCAAGAUUGCAGUUCUGCCAAAGCACCUUAUGCCAAUCGCUUUAGUUUGCAAAUCACCGUAAAGUCUCCGGCUCUGCUGGUGUAUCUUGAGCUGACCCAUCCCGGUUAUAUGACCAAUCACCACAAGUUCUCCAUAAACGGGUUCACCCAAACAGAACCAAGGAAAACCGUACAUUUAGUGAUCGAGAAUAGCUCUGAAUGUCUCACCCUCACCAACGAUCAUAUUCGAGUUCAAACCAUGAACCAAUAUUUACUAUAAUAUAAUACCAACCUCAAAGAUUUUAAAGAAAGUAUUAAACGAAAUAUGAGUACGUUCA